UAAAAAAAUACACUAUAAUUAUUAAUUUGAUCAAGAUUUUAUAAACAAAAUACUUUUGAAAAAUAAAUAUAAAUACUAAAACAAAAUAACACUUCGGGCUUACUCCACUGCGAUGCACGUGCUUCUAAUAUUGGUAUCUUCGUUAAUAGCUUACAGCUCGUCUCUCAACUUAUCCUAUGUAAUUCCUAAUGGAGACAGGUGGCUUGUGAACUCAUACUUAGAUAGCGAUGGACCGAAAUGGAUUGAAAAGAGUCUUGUCGAAUCUGAAUUGGUAAAGUUCAAGAACAUCACUGAUGAUGUGAUGAAAUACUUUUUAUACACUGAGACAAAUCCAACAGUAGCUCACCGUCUAAUAAAGGGAGACUCUGCAUCUCUCCAUCAGUCUAAGUUUAAUGCAUCAAUUCCCACAAGGGUUAUGGUACACGGCUAUAUGGCAUCGUAUAAAUCCGAAGUUUGCACAUUAGUUCGAGAUGCUUAUUUAAAAAAAGAACCCUGCAACUUUAUUUGUAUCGAUUGGUCUAAGGUUUCCCACAAUUCGCUUGUCACGGUUCGUGUGCUGGUGCCCAGUCUAGGUUUGGAUCUAGGAGAGUUUAUAAAUUUCCUUUUUAAGGCAAGUGGAAUGUCGAAAGAAAAUUUUAUAUUAAUUGCGCACAGCUAUGGAACUCACAUUGCCGGAUUUGCAGGAAAGUAUUUGAAAAGAGUUAAGAAUCCACUGCGACUAAUUGUUGCCUUGGACCCGGCCCAUGCAUUGUUUAGCUAUGAAGAUUGUUCAUCGAGAAUGUGUAAGACUGACGCUGAUUUCGUUGAAUCAAUUCAGACAACCGCAGGAACUAUUGGCUUCAGAAGACCGAUCGGUGAUUCCACAUUUUAUCCAAACGGUGGAGCUAAUCAGCCUGCGUGUUCUUCUGAAAGCGGAAAUUUAUGCAGCCAUUUAAUGGCGUAUAGGUAUUUUGCUGAAGCUGUUGAAUAUGAUGAUUUCCCCACCAACGAGUGUUCAACCUAUAGACGUGCCUUGGCUAAGAACUGCGAGAAAGUUUGCAGUGGAGUAAGAAUGGGAUCAGUGGAAAGUUUUCGAACGAAGGGAGUGUUUUAUGUGUCGGUAAAUAGUAAGCCACCUUUUGGGAAGGGAGUAAAAUAAUGUAAGCAAAAGGAAAGGGAUGGGUCAAGUCUUG